CACGCCAAUAUACCAUGCAGGCCGAUACGAGCCGAGGGGCGGGCGGUGUCCUCAGUCAGGGCGCCUUGUGAACGGGGCUCGGCCACCACCUCACCGGACACCGCGUCAACUCAUGGCAGCUGCACAUGGGUUAUAAGUUUCAGAGCAGGGGACAUGAGGGCGAGGGCGCCAGCUUCAACCUGCUCGGUAUCUCUAGGUCCAGGAUGUCAUUGAUACUCGUGACAGCACUGCUGUACCAGAGGGGUAUCCACGGCAAAGCGUUCAACUCCAUCUUUGGCCCUUACACUGCCUACACCGAGCGGUUUUACAAUGGUGAACACGACAACCUUUCCUGCAGGUGGUAUUUGCGGGCCACUCAUUUCAAUCCACUCAAGCCAAGAGAAGUUCAACUUUUGACCGGUAACGUGACGAUUGAUGAAGUUAUCGAUGACAGAUGCGGGAUUAAAGGGGUUCUAGAUGUUCGGUCAAAUAACCAAUGGAAGGAAAACGCCUUUGUCUUUUAUUAUAAAUCGAAUGCAUGCCAGAAAGUAAAAGAAAACAUACCUGGCUUUUACAACCUUUUUUUCAAGAAGAGUGAAAUUAAAGGCACUUGUGCCUUAAAACCCGGAGUGUAUGAGGUCAAUAACGCCCCAGCUGAAUGGUCUUUUCCAAAUGUUCCAACCAUGCCCUAUGGACAAUAUAGGUUCAGAGUCUUGGCGAACAAAUUUGAUCGCCUCAUCUCAAACCUUGUGGUAGACUGUAGAGUUGUUCCUAAACAUUAGUAACCAUGUCUAAAGUACUGCAAGUACACCAACUGUAGAGUAGCUGCGUGCAGAAUUCAAAUCUUCGCUCGGACAUUGAACCAAAAGGAAACAUUCACCAAAUGACCGCAAGAAAAACUUUCUUCCCAACUGGAUGAAGGGCACGGGCGACUGGAGCUUCUUUGAAGGGGGGGGGGGGGCAGGGGGUAGAAAGAGGUACUACUCCCACCACUCCCGACAGCUGCAGAGCGACCACGACCCUGAACCCGCAGUAGUG